CGCAAGGCGCUGCGGAUCCACGCGUACGGCAACGACGUGCCUCCCCUGGCGCAGUCCGCGCACCAGCUGUCGGAGGCGCACGGGCUGCGGCCGUACCUCUACCAAAACAUGAUGACGGCCGGCUACCACGAGCUGACGAGGGUGCAGAUGCAGGCAGUGCCCGCGCUGCUCGCCGGCCGAGAGCUCCUCGCGUGUGCGCCGACGGGGUCGGGAAAGACGGCCGCCUUCGUGGUCCCGAUGCUGCAGCGGCUCGGCUCCUCGGCGCGGCGGCGCGGCGGCGGCGGCGGCGCGCCGCGCGGCCCUCGCGCCGUGCUGGUUGCGCCGACGCAGGAGCUGGCGAGGCAGACGCACCGCGAGGUGCUCAAGCUGGCAGCGGGCGGGAAGGUGAGCGUGGCGCUGCUGACGCGCAAGAUGGUGACCGCGGCGCUCGCGGAGGCGCGCGGCGGCGGCGGCGGCGGCGGCGGCGGCGCGCCCUCCUUGGUCAAGUAUGACGUCGUCGUCUCGACACCUCUGAGGCUGGUCGGCCUGGUCGACAGAGGGCUGCUGCCUCUGCAGGAGGUUCGGCUGCUCGUCCUCGACGAGGCCGACAAGCUGCUCGAGCUGGGCUUCCUCGAGCAGGUCGACACGCUGCUCGCCGCCUGCUCGCACGCCGAAGUCAGCCGCGCCCUCUUCUCGGCGACGAUGCUCCCCGCCAUCGAGUCGCUCGCAGACACGGUGCUGCGGCAGCCGGUGCGGGUGGUGGUGGGCGAGAAGAACGCGGCGGCCGAGACGGUCGAGCAAUCCCUCGUCUUCGUCGGCCGCGAGGACGGCAAGAUGCUCGCGCUGCGGCAGAUGAUACGACAGGGCAUCCAGCCGCCGGUGCUCAUCUUCGUGCAAUCACCCGAGAUCAGCCGGUGCUCAUCUUUGUGCAGUCCACGGCGCCGCCAAAAAAAAAGGGGGGGGGGGGGUAGCUCCCAGCUCCCUCCGCCGAGACCCUCAGCUCGAGCGCUCGCCGCCGCACAGGAGCGCGCGGUGCAGCUCUUCCAUGAGCUCGUGCUGGACGGGCUGCGCGCGCGCGGGAUGGACUUCAAGGGCGUCAAACUGGUGGUCAAUUUUGACUUCCCGCAGACGACCGUCUCGUACAUCCACCGCAUCGGCCGCACCGGCCGCGCAGGCAUGCGGGGCAAGGCCGUCACCUUCUUCACCGAGCAGGAAGCGCGGCCCAGUCUGCGCUCCAUCGCAAACGUGAUGAAGGCGAGCGGCUGCGGUGUGCCGGACUGGAUGCUCCGGCUGCAACCAAUGCGCAAGCAAAAGCGAAAGGCGAUCGCGGUCAAGCCGCGCUCUCGCAAG